AUGGAUCUGGCCAAGAGCGGAAAUACAUAUGCGGAACUAUGUGCGGUGAAGGACAGAGCUCGAGGUGCAGCGAAGGUGAUAAGCGUUCCCAGAGCGCUGCACACCCGGAAAGACGGCCACGUCCUCAGUAGCGCACACGCAGACAUCAUUCGCAUGAUGUCGCCCGCGGCGGCAAAAAUCGUUGAGAAGCUCGCUGUAUGGGGUGCAAAAGUAUCGCACUCGUACUAAUCGCCGUCUUGCAAGACAAAUCCACCAGCUAAGGUAAAUCAGCAUUAGAAAAUCCGACUUUCUUGCUCUUGAGAAAAUUUGUGAUGCGAUUAAUUUAUGCUACCUAGUGCGAUGGAUACUUUUGCAACGCAUACGCUGCAUCAGCGAAGCAAGCAGGACGGAAAGAAGACGAAGUCGAAGGAGCAGGUGAACAAGGGACCAACGCAAGAGGAAAAAACAAGAAGAAGAACCAGGUUGCUGACGACAUCGGCAUCGCAGAACUAGACGCUUUCAUGCAGGAGGAAAUGGAC